AUUUCCGUAUAGUGUUCAUAGUGAACCUAACCAGCUUAGUGAAGUAAAAUCCUGCGUAUUUUAAAAUUUUCAGUGAUUCAAGAUGAUUUCUUCUCCGUUGGUCCUAGCAAUCUGUGUGGUGGCGGUUGUAGGCGCGCCAUCAGACGACGGUAAAUGGCAUCCUCACCAUUAUGGAAAUAGCGGCAAAUACAUACCGACAGACGAAGGAAAGUAUAUUCAUGUACCAAACCCUUACAUUCAUAUUGACAACCCUUACGACGGAGGAUAUGGCCCUUACACACACGACUAUGAACCCUAUGUCGGCGAAGAAACAGUUGAUGUUUAUAAACAUGUCUUGACGCCACCGGCUCAGCUGAACCCCUUCUAUAAGGAAGGUUACUACAAGAACAAUGGAAUUAAAAUUAUUAGACAAGUACAUAACUACGACGAGGAUAAAUAUGAUUUUGACUUCGAAACCGAGAAUAAGAUCCGAGCUGAAGAGAAGGCUGUUGUAAAGAAUCUUAAUACAAUCGAUGAAGGCAUUGCAUCUAAAGGUUUUUACGAGUAUAUCGGCCCUGAUGGCUUUAUGUACAGAGUCGACUAUACUGCUGACGAAAAUGGAUUCCGACCAAAACUGAAGAGGAUAGAAACCCCAUAUUCAGGAAAAUGGGUUAUGAAGAAGGAAAGCAAAACAGUACCAGUAAUUAAGUAUAGAAAGGUAUAAAUUUAAUUUAAAAGGAAUUUGUUAUUUACGCAUUUUUUGACUGAUAAUGAGUAUGCAAUAGUGUAAUUGAAACAGUAUUUAUAUGAAAGACUUAUAACUGGAAUAGGUACAAUAUACUGCUCACGUGUAUGAACAUUUCAAAUAUAAUAAAAGCCAUUUAAUCCAAACUGAUUUCCGUGACCUACAAAAUAUUUUUGUCAUAAAAUAUUAGAGUGCACUUUUAUGUAAGCAUGCUCAUUCCUAUGUAUGGUCACCUGUACUUGACUGUACGAGUGUCUUAAAAAAAGAAUACUGAAAAUACAUUCAAAUGAAUGCUGAAAAUACAGUCAUAUUCGCUAGAGAUAUCCAUGCUGUUCUGUUGGGUGUACACUGAUAAGCUUAAUAUUCCUGAAUUAUCUACUUCUGGAAAAAUUGCUUUACACGCAUAUGCAGUGUUCUUGAUUAUUCUAGUUUUAAUUCGGCAAUAAAUUGUUAAUUUGGAAAAACCUCAGAGUAAAUAUUCUAGAAAUGA